AGUCCGCCGCCGCUCAGCUGCGCUCCCGGCGCCGCCUCCUCCCAGCCUGCAGGAGGCUGCGGGGCUUCUGUGGGUGGGGGAAGGCUGGACUGACGCAGAUGAGCAAAAUGCAGUCCCUGCCCUCCAGAAGAAGGGAAGAAAGGAAGAAAAAGACACAGUGAAACCGGAUGUGAUAAAAGCAGAGAAAGAGGUGCUCCAAAAAAGGCUUGAGAGUAAACUAGUGUCUACAAGUUGGCAUGGCCAGCCAAAACAAGCAUCCUAAGUGAAAAGAUGACAAUGGCAACACGACAAGAAGUUCUUGGCCUCUACCGCAGAAUUUUCAGGCUUGCGAGGAAAUGGCAGGCUGCAUCAGGGCAGAUGGAAGACACCAUUAAAGAAAAACAGUACAUAUUAAAUGAAGCCAGAACGCUGUUCCAAAAAAACAAAAAUCUCACAGACACAGACCUGAUUAAACAGUGUAUAGAUGAAUGCACAGCCAGGAUUGAAAUUGGACUACAUUACCAGAUUCCUUAUCCAAGGCCAAUUCAUCUGCCUCCGAUGGGCCUUACCCCACUACGAGGCCGGGGACUUCGAAGCCAGGAGAAACUGAGGAAAUUUUCCAAACCAAUAUAUCUCAAAUCUCAUGAUGAAGUUUCCUAACUCAGAAUAAAGUUGUUUUUUUCUGAGAAUGAUGAGCCAACUAAGCCUUGAAUAUAAACCAGUUAACAAUUCUUCUUGAUUAGGAGCAAAAAUCCAAUUAUCUUCUUAAAACCUCUGAAAUAUUGGUACUGUCUGAACGAUGUGUGUUCACACAUCACUACAGUUUUUGAGGAUCUUGCUGCCUGACGAGACAAACACUAACCUUAGAGGUCAUGGACCUUAUAUCCUCACUGAAGCACCACUUGGAAACAAAACUAAGGCCUGUGGGCAGAAGACUGAAGGGUGACAGAAGCUUUCAAGGGAACGCCAAUCACCAGACAUGCCAGCUGAUAUGAAGGAAUUAGCCAGUUGAUGGAAGUUCUCAUGGCUACUUUAGGAUUAUACACUACCCUUCAG